AUGAGUCAUCGAUCAUAUUCGCGUUGGGAUAAAUCUGAUAAUGAUUACAAAGAUCGAUCUGAGAACAAACGUUCUAAUCGAUCUCGAUCUCGAUCUCCUCCUCAAUCUUCAUAUGGUAUUACUAGUGAAUCCUAUAAGAAUAAAAAUCGAUCAAAUCAUAAUCGACAUCCUCAGCCAUCAUCAUCAUCAUCAUCAAGACCCAAUGGAUUUAUACCUGAUGAAGAAACAAAAAAAUUCUAUGAAAAAUCAACAGGUGACGAUACUGGUUUUUGGACAACUGAAGAGUAUACAUUUCGUGAUAUGAUUGCAAAAGAUAUUCGUAAUGAAAUUGAAGAUGACAUUGCAAGUAAAGGUUCUGAUGAAGAAUCUGAAGAAGAUCCUGAACUAGCUGAAUAUGCUGAUCGUGCUGAUAUGGAUGAUGAAGAUGAUCAACAAAAGAAAACUAUUGUUGAACGUUUAAUACCAAUCAAAAAAGAUGAAGAAAAAAAGAAAGACUUAAAACCAGAAUCUACUGUAACAAAUCAAAAAACAUCAUCUCGAAAAUAA